AUGCAAACUCGCAGCCAAACCGGCCAGCCAGCCCAACCACCCAAAGAAACAGCCUAUACACAAUCUUCCAAUCCAGUCUCACAAACACCAUCCGAGCAACGUGCACCACCUCCAACACGCCAAUACGGCGACCCAACCACAUCAAUCACCCGAGGACCAAGCUCCAACCCAUCCAACGACGAAGCCCGCGCCCGCCUGCAAGCCCAACACCGCGCAGAACGAGAGCAAAUGCAAAAAUCACCUGACGUUGACCUAGAAUACGGUGUCGAGCAGCAACCUGCCGAGGGAUACAUUGCUGACACCGUUGCACGGAAGGGGAUGGGUAUGCAGCGGGCGCAGGCUGGUGCUCAUGCUGGGCCGGUUGGUAGUGCUGCUGGGCCUGGACAUCCGGGGUUUGGGGAGGAGAGGGAUUUGGCGGCUAAUAUGGAGCUGAAGAAGGCUGAGCAUGAGAGGAUACUUGGUGAGAAGGUUGGGAGGAGUACUACGGCGGAUUCUGGGGUUGUGGAGAGGGAGGCUGUUAGGAUAAGGAAGUUAAAGAGGAAUGAGGAGGUUGAGGGGGCACUUAAGGAGGCGUCGGGGACACCUGUUAUUAGUUAA